UUAGCGAAUCUGCUAGACUUCAGUCAGUGGUGGUUCUGCGCAAGAUGGCGACCUCUGGUAAACAAUACGGGCUCGUUUUUCCUCGGAAGAACGCCUCAAAAUCUGUCCCUCUUCCCCGACCAUCUGUGUUUGAAGAUGAUUCAGAUGAUGAGGCCACCGUUGGGCAGAGUUUGCUGAAGGAAGCCCUCAAAAAGAAGAUGAUGAAACAGACACGUCUUGAGAUGCAAAAAGCUCUUGAAGAGGACAGCACGGUUUAUGAGUAUGACAGUGUGUAUGAUGAUCUUCAGAAACAGAAAGUGGAAAGCAAUAAAAAAAUGCUGGGUGGCACAGACAGAAAGCCCAAGUAUAUUAACCAGCUGCUCGUCGCCGUGGAGGAGAGAAAAAAGGAACAAGAGCGACGUGAUGAGAGGAAGAUCCAAAAAGAGAGAGAAGCGGAGGGCGAGCAGUUUGCUGAUAAAGAGGCUUUUGUAACCUCAGCUUAUCGACAGAAGCUUAAAGAAAGACAGGAGGAGUUGGAGAAAGAGAAGAGAGAAGCAGAGCUGGAAGCUGCUCUGGAUGUGAAGAAGCAGAAGGAUCUCAGUGGAUUUUAUAGACAUCUUCUCAACCAAACAGUUGGAGAGGAGGCAGUGCCUGAUCGUAGUGCAAAAAAAGAGGAGAAAGCUACAGGCUCAGCAGCAACAGAAAAGUCAUCGACCACUGAACCCCCACCAAAACAAAGUGAGAGCAGGGCAGAAUCCCACAGUGAUGAGGAUCAGGGGGAAAACAGAACAGAAUUUACCAAGACCACCAACACUAACCACUCAAAGCGCCACUACAGACAAAAAUCUCCUUCAGACAGUGAGGAUGAGCAAGAAAGGGAUAGGAAGGAGGCCAGAGAAAGAAGCCACAAAGAAAGAGACAAGGGUAAGGAUAAAGAGAGAGAGAGGGUGAGGGAAAGAGACAGGGAGGACAGAUACAGUUACCGAAAGGAAGACAAAGAACGCAGAAGAGACAGAGAACAGGAUAGAGAAGACAACAGAGGCCGAGAUAGAGAUGACAGACGUGGUAAAAAGGACAGAGAUAUAGAAGACAGACAUGGUCGAAGAGACAGAGAUGCCAAACGGGACAGAAGGGACAACAGCCCCAAAGACAGAGAACAGAAGGGAGAAGAAAUGCAAGAGACACACAAGGAUGGAGAAAGCCAUAAGCUGGACAGCAAAGAAAAAAACACAGAUGUGGAGAAAAUGGAGAGGAAGACUGACAGCGAUAAGGCGAAAGAAAAGGCCAAAGAAGAUGAAGAUAAAAGUGAUGGACGGAAGGAAGUUGGCAAAUUUGCCAAACGCAGCAGUGAACAGACGGUUAUGUCAGCCAGAGAGAGAUAUAUGGCUCGACAGCUUUCUCGCUCUGCAGCAAGACCCCAUGUUGAAAAGGAGGAAGACUAGAUGGUUUAUGGUGCAUGUUAGGGUUUCUUUCAGAUACAAAAUACACGUUUGGUUAAAGCAAAUAAAUUUACUAAUUAUUCACCAAUAUUGAGGAUAAGUGAGUUUUUUUUUUGUAUGUCUUAAAUUUCAUGUAUAUACAGUUGUGCCAUAGUAAUAAUAAAGAGACAGACAUGUUGA